AUGUUCCCGAUCAUCUCCGACAGCGCUAUCCGGGAAGGAUCGUUGAAGAAGAAGGUCAUGUGGCAAUCGGACAGAUACAUCCAAGACCAAAGCCUGCGGUUCCACAAUAAGGCACGGAUGACGUUCGUUGCGGAGCCUUUGGCGUGUCUGCACGUCAUCGUCGUGGAUGAGGAGCAGGUGCACAAGCAUCGCAGCCUGCAAAAUCUCCAUGGGUUCACCAUUUUCUUCGGUAAAAGUCCUUUGGCUGAAUACGUAUUCCUCAAUGGCCCUGGAGAACUGGCGGGCUUGUAUGACUUGGUCGCGUGGCGCAGAAUGCUUGGCGCCGGCGAGGAAGAUGGCGAGAAGGAGCGGAACGCUCGCUUUCCCAAGGUCGAACGUGGGCCGGUGGAUGACUGGUGUUAUUCGAUGCACCCGGUCGAAGUAGACUGA